AUGGAGACUGACGACGUACCGGCCGCGACGCUGCACGACAACCUCGACGAUACUCUCGGAGGACUCGACGGCUCGCCGCAGGUCCCCUCAUCGUCACACUACAGCAAUCACCACCACGACCAUCAAUACCAGAAUCCUCACCACAGCAACAACGACACACACGAGCACGAGCCGCAAUCGCCGGGCGGCGGCCCAUCACAUCACCAACAGCAGCACCACGAUGAGGACCCGCCAUGCACGCGAUACACGCCGCCCGCGCCCGGUAGCAGCGCGCCGGCGUCAGCGGCGCCCGGGUCGCGGGCCGGCAGCGAAAUGUCCAACCCGUCGUCGUCGCAGCAGCAGCACCAGGCAUACGGCGAGUACGCUAGCAGCCGCCAAGGUUCGGGCGAGCCGGCGGCGCCCAACGGACGCAACCACGUCGUCAUCAAGGUCGGCAUGGUCGGCGACGCCCAGAUCGGCAAGACCUCGCUGAUGGUCAAGUACGUCGAGGGCAGCUGGGACGAGGACUAUAUCCAGACGCUCGGCGUCAACUUCAUGGAAAAGACAAUCUCUAUCCGCAACACGGAGAUUACCUUUUCCAUUUGGGACCUCGGCGGCCAGCGCGAGUUUGUCAACAUGCUACCGCUCGUUUGCAAUGAUGCUGUCGCUAUUCUUUUCAUGUUCGACCUCACACGCAAGAGCACCCUCAACAGCAUCAAGGAGUGGUACAGGCAGGGCCGCGGCUUCAACAAGACGGCCAUCCCGAUCCUAGUCGGCACCAAGUACGACCACUUUGUCAACUUUCCGAUUCAAGACCAAGAAGAAAUCUCCAACCAGGCGCGACGUUUUGCAAAGGCGAUGCGGGCCGCUCUCAUCUUUUCCAGUACUAGCCAUAGUAUCAACGUGCAAAAGAUUUUCAAGAUUGUCCUAUCCAAAGCCUUUGAUCUUAAAUGCACGAUUCCCGAAAUCGAAAACGUCGGCGAGCCGCUACUCCUAUACCAAUCUGUCUGA